AUGCCAAAAAAAAAUAUAAAAAGUAUUAUUCCAACUGACGCUUAUAGAAAACAACAGAAGAAAAAAGAAAAAAAAAAAAAGAAAAAAGAAAGAGCCUUGCAACUAGAAAAUAUUAUAAGUAAAAAAAACCCACACACAAUUAAAGAAAAAUUAGAUAUCUAUAGAAAAAAAGAAAAGCAAGGAAAAUUAUUACCAAUUGAAAAAAAUAAAUUAAAACAUUAUGAGCAUUUAUGGAAUUUAAUAAAAGAAAAAAUAAAAAAUAAAAAUUAUUUUUAUAAUAAUAAUGACAAUAUAUAUAACAUAAAUGAAAAUUUAGAGGAAAAAUGUGAUGAAACUUACGAAAAUGUUUUAGAAAAUAAAUAUAUAGAAGUUGAUAGUGAUAAAAAAUUAAAUAAAUCCAAUUCCGAUACUAAUGAUUCUGACUCCAAAAAUGAAUCAGAUGAUUCUUCAUCUUCUUACAGUACUGGUGAAGAAAUUAUAAAAAAUGAUAACAUAUAUAUUUCAAAGAAUGUUGAAGUAGAUGAAUUAAAAUCAAAUAUGAAAAAUGAUGAAGAUUUUUUUUUAGAAUCCUUGCCUUCUUUACCUAAAGGAUUGCCUGAUGAUCUUAUCAGAAUCUUAGAAAAUUCCAAUAUAAUAGAAAGCAAUAUGCACAGCAAAAUGAAUGAAAACAUGUAUAUUAAUAAUAUAAAAUAUAUGCCUUUUAAUGUAACUAAUGUUAACUAUGCUUACAAUAAUGAGCACAAUAAUUUCACAAAUAAUCAUAACCUAUAUCCGUAUAUACAUUACGAUUUAUGUAAUAAAAAAAAAUCCUUGAAUAUAGAACAUAAUAAAGAAAAAGAUCAAAUGAAAGAAAUCAAAAAUGUAAACAAACAAAAUUAUAAUAUUUUUGAAAACAAUCAAAAAAAACAAAACUGUCUAUAUGAAAACCCAAGUUAUUACCUAACUAAUGAAAAAAACAAAGUAUUAUCCAAUUAUCAAAAUUAUUUAUCAAAUAACAACAAUAUAAACAGAAAUAUUAACAAUAACUUUAAUAAUAAUAAUAAUAAUAAUAAUAAUAAUAAUAAUAAUAAUAAUAAUAAUAAUAAUAAUAAUAAUAAUAAUAAUAAUAAUAAUAAUAACAAUGAUAAUGACAAUGAUAAUGACAAUGAUAAUGACAAUAAUAAUAAUAAUAAUGAUAAUAAUAAUGAUGAUAAUAAUAAUAAUGAUGAUAAUAAAAAUUAUACCAAUAAUAAUAAUAACUUUAAUAGUAAUAUCAGUAAUUUCACUAAUGGCAAUUUCAAUAAUAACAUUAAUACUAUAACUUCAGAUUCAAUCAAUGAAAAUAAAAACACAGGAAAUUUUGUUUAUCCCAAAUAUAACUCAAAUCAUUUAAAAUAUAAAAAUAAUAUAAAUUAUUCUAACAAUUUUAAUAAUUAUCAUAACAAUACAAAUAAUAAUUUGAAUUUUUAUCCAUAUUAUAAUAAUACAUAUGAUUAUUUCAAUAAUGCUUUUAACAGUAAUUUUAAAAACUUUAAUUCAAACACCUUUAACGAUUCAAAUUAUAAUAGUAGUUACAAUUAUAAUUAUAAUUACAAUUAUAAUAAUUUAAAUAAUAGUAAUUAUUUUGUUUCUACACAUAACAAUAUGAACAGUAAUAUUCAUAAAGAUUUUAAUAAUUUAAAAAAUUACGCAGAUAAAAACAGUAAUUCCAAUUACAUGAAUGUGAACAAUAACAUUUAUUAUACUGAGAAAAAAGACAAAAAACCAAAAGAUAAUUAUAAUACAUCAAAUUGUGGUUUAAAUUCCAAAAAAUUAAAUAACUUUGAUUUAAAUUUAAGUAUGAAUAAAUCAAAUAUUAAAGAAGAUAAAUACGAACAGAAAACUCACUAUUUUGUUCCUAUUAAUUUAAGAUUAAAGAAUAAAUUAGAUGAUUUAUGUGAGACGAAAAUUAACGUAAUUAAAAAUGAAAAUAACAAUAAUAAUAAUGAUAAUGAUAAAAAUAUUAAUAUAGAUCAGGAAUAUAAUAAGUUUAUAAAAGAAGUUGAUUUGAAUUAG